GGGUCCCCGUGGACGGACAGACAGAUUCGAGUACGAAAGGCGUGUGUGCGAUGUGUUUUGGUUCGCAAAAAAGGUACGCGCAAUUUCGUACGACACCAAGUGUUGUGUAUUCGUUAUGCGAGUGAAGUUUUUGAUCUCAUUUGCGAUGCGAUAAACUGCAAAUUUUGAAUUAACAGUGUGCAUGAAUGUGUUUUUUUCUCAUUUAUGUUCAUGAGCUUAGGUACACAGAAGAACAAAAUCACACCUUAAAACCCGUUAAAUUGAUAAACUAAAAGCAAAAAAUGUGAAAUUUUGUGAAUGUGUAAUUUAAGGAGAAAAAAAGCUUAAAUGCUCAAUCAGUUGAAUUCAAACGUGUAACACUUUGGUUGUCAGGCUGCCCGCAUAAACAACAUAAAGUACGCAAGGAAGUGAGAGCGAAAAAAAGGGCAUACCAGUGAAACAUAAAACCCAUACAACAACACUAAAAAAACAAAAACGAACGUUUAAACGAAGCUGCUCAAAAACAAAAACGACUCGGUACCACACAGCUGCCACUGUUUUGUAGUUCGUACGUCAAGGAUCGUGAUUGAUAACCGGUUAAUUAAGCUUCGGCAACCACCGGUCGGUACACGCGGGGGGGACCAGCGUUCGGUGGCAGCGUCUGCCAGCUUACCCCCAUUCCCCACCAAACUCCUAUUGUGGUAAAGGAAACUUCAACCGAUGGAGACGUGUGUUUUGAUACCACAGGAAUUUGCCCUGGCCGUGACAGGUGUCGGCGCUCGUCACUCGCCGGAACAGACGGCCACCGUUUGGUCCAGCGUGGCGAUCCCCCAGGGACGCCUGUGCUACCCGUUCCAGGGCACGGUACGGAUCGACAACCUGGCCAUCUUUAGCGCACUGCCCGAGGAUGAUAUUCGACACCGGUUUGGACUGUACGACGAGAUCACCAGCAUUAAUGGACGAACGGUACGCCACUGCAACUGGAUCCGGUUCCUGCGAGUGUCGGAAACGUACGGGCCGCAGGUGAACGUGGUCUGCGCCAAGGUGAAGGGUGAGCCGAUCUACGAGAUCGUGAAGCCGAUCCCGUCGCACCAGGAGCUGGUCGUCUACUACCUGCCCGAGGGCCCGGAGGAGCUCUUCUUCAUCCGGAUGCGCAGUCAGCUGUACCGCCAAACGAUGGACUCGAUCCUCGAAGACUCACCGCUGGACCUUUCGACGUCGCUCCUGUCGCGGGUGAUGCUACCGAUCUCACCGUCCUCGGGCGCCGAAGAUGAGCACAAGUCGGUGUCGGGCGACGACUCAUCGAUCUCGAUCUCGUCCGGAGCCAGCACGGGCGGCGGCGAUCGCUGCGAAGGUGCACUGGAUCUGGAGCUGGCCGCCAUCUCCAGCGGACCCGGAUCGAGAGCAUCACCCAAGGCGCGCCCCUCAGCACGGUCCGAGCGGGCCAUGCUACCGUGCGAGGUGUGCGGCAAGGCGUUCGAUCGGCCCAGCCUGCUGAAGCGCCAUAUGCGCACGCACACCGGCGAAAAGCCGCACGUGUGUGGCGUGUGCGGCAAGGGCUUCAGCACGUCCAGCUCGCUCAACACGCACGUCCGGAUACACUCCGGGGAGAAGCCGCACCAGUGUCAGGUGUGCGGCAAACGGUUCACCGCCAGCUCCAACCUCUACUACCACCGAAUGACACACAUCAAGGAUAAACCGCACAAAUGCAGCCUCUGCUCCAAGUCCUUCCCGACGCCGGGCGACCUGAAAUCGCACACCUACGUCCACAACGGGUCCUGGCCGUUCAAGUGUCACAUCUGCAACCGUGGCUUCUCCAAGCAGACCAAUCUCAAGAACCAUCUCUUCCUGCACACCGGUGAUAAGCCCCACGUUUGCGAGGUGUGCAAAAAAUCGUUCGCACUCGCCUGCAACCUAAAAGCGCACAUGAAAACUCACGAAGAAAAUGCUUCCCAGGAGUCCGAGCUGGACGUGGACAGCGAUCUGCGCAGCGAUGGGGAAGAGAUCGGGCCACUGUUUAGCUACGAAAAGCGCGAGGAAAGCCCUUCCCCGCUGGAAAGCUCCGACAGGCACGACAAGCUGAACGAUCGGCUGCCCCGCUACCACUGGCGACACGCGAAAGCGGAACCGAUCACGAGGAGUCGCUGAGUCUGGCGUUCGUCCGAACAAAAAAAAACCUUGGCUGUACAUAGUAAUUAAGUAGCGUAAGAAAUGGGGGACCUUUUUUCCCCCACCCAUAUUAACGUCUCGUGGUUUAACAGGGGUUUUCAGGGGUUCUCAUAGUUGUGGGACACUUCCUUGACUCUUUCUUAUUGGAGAUGAACUUCAUAUCCUUGGAAAUCCUAUUGGAACCUAGGAAAGAAACCCUAUUGUCCAAUAAGGAUGCUAUAACUUCCAAUUCUCAUUACAUUACAGGGUGUUUCACGAUUUAUUGGUUGGAUCCCAUCAAUGUUUGAGAACCCACUCAUAUUUUUUUGGUGCGUUUUCACGAUUUGUUGGCCGUUUCCCAGAAUUUUUUGGUCCAAUUGUAUUGAUAUCUAAUCGGAAAAUACCAAUAAAUUAUGAAAACGAACCAAAAAUCCAUGGGAACCCACCAAAAAUUUAUGGGAACCCACUAAAAAAUCAUGGGAACUGGCCAAUAAAUCGUGGGAAACCCUGUAAGUUAAACCCAUUUCAAGUAGGAAAAAAUCAAUAAAGUGUCCAACAGCUAUGAUAACUCCUGGAAAAAAACUUGUAUCAGACUACCGGAAAGGCUAAUACUGAUUAAAACAUUGAUUUUGACUGACUGACUGGCCCUGAAAUAUGUUUUGAUAUUUCGGGCAAAAGAGCACACAAAAGAGAAGCCUUAAAAUGCAA